UUUCCAACCCGGGCCUGGCAGGAUGGCUCCCGCAAAGAAGGAUGGAGAGAAGAAGAAGGGCCGUUCUGCCAUCAGCGAGGUAGUAACCAGAGACUACACCAUCAACAUUCACAAGCACAUCCACGGAGUGGGUUUGAAGAAGCAUGCCCCUCGGGCACUCAGAGAGAUCCAGAAAUUUGCUAUGAAGGAGACGGGAACCCCAGAUGUGCGCAUCGACACCAGGUUCAACAAAGCUGUCUGGGCCAAAGGAACAAGGAAUGUUCCAUACCGUAUCCAUGUGCGGUUGAUCAGAAAACGUAACAAGGAUGAGGAUUCACCAAACAAGCUCUGUACGUUGGUGACCUAUGUACCUGUCACCACUUUCAAAAAUCUACAGACUGGGUUUUUUUUUUUUUUAAUUUUUUUUUUUUUUACAUUUAUUUUUGAGAAACAGAGUGAGACAAAGCGUGUUAACCCCUGUGCAUUUUUGCAUCUCAACCAUCACUUCCUCAAGGAAGCUCUGGACCACACCAACGGGGUCCAGCUGACCAGACCAGUUUUCACAGGCAGAGACUGCGUGGAUCUGUGCUCCUCUGUAUUCCUAGUGCCUGGCACCUAG